AUGAUCUCUUCAGGGCACCAGCCACGUUCCUGUAAAGAAAUAUACGACCAGAACAGGUAAGGAACGAACAAUCACUAAAUUUGUGGGACGAGGUAGGGUAUCAAAUACACAGAAAAUUUUUUGCAAGAAAACUAGUCAAAGCAAGAAGCGCAGAGAAAAGGGAAAAGAAAUCAUGUAUUAACUUCCUCGACAUUGCUACAGGAUUGUGCCUAAGGAAAGAAAAAAAAAAACACAUCGGUAUAAGAUAUUCAAUAGUUUUUCCUCUAAGAAAGAGUGGGAAAAAAACUUAUAAAAUUGAAAUCCCAAGGAGUCAGUUUUUAUCUAGAGGUGGAAGGUGUGGCCUCCAUUGCUGACCGAUACUAUAGGAAUUUUAGGGAGGGAUUCAAGAGAAAAUGAACUGCGUUGGUUCCUUAUAUUAACGGAGCGGAUCUGAUAUCCCGUUAAGAUACACAUUAAGUACCCAUUUCGAAUACCUACAUAGCCAUGUAACAAGCCUCUACUUGUUGAAAAAAUUAAGACGUCUUUAGUAUUUUCAUUGACAGUGAUAGUACUAAACCAUGACUUCUCAGCAGCCUUUCUUAUAUGUAAAUGCAAAAAUUCUGCCUAUUACCUUCUUAUAUUAUGAAGCAGUUUGUGAAUUAAUGCUCGAUGUUCAUAACGACGGUGCACCUCCUAACAUCAUAAAACUUUUCACGAGAACUUCAAACAUCUAUACAUAUACUACUCGCUCAUCAACGUCACAACUCUUAAACGUUGGGUAGUCCAGGCUUAAAAUGCAAAGAAAGGCCUUUUCGUGUGUUGGUGUCAAAGUCUGGAAUGAGAUACCUAGUGAAUAUAAAAACUUCUUAAAGAAAAUCUUUCAAAAAAAGAAACAAAAAGAGCUCUUCUCAAUAUUCUAGAUAAUGAAGAUUCUUAUAUGAGGCCUGAUGAGAUAGUGCUAAAAUUCAAACACAGCAAAAUUGAACCAAAUUGAACCAGUUCUACAAUAUUUUUCGUGCAAAAAAACUUAAAAACUCUAGGACUUAUUCUCCUCUAUAAUGAACAUCUGUCAUUUUCCUUUUUUUCUUUUCUUGUGUAUCAUUUGGCUUUUUAUGUUGUAUUUCUUCAUUUCCGUUUUAUUUCCAGUGUAAUCAAAUUAAGUUAGUUAAGAAAGAAAAAUAAAUUGACCCGUCUCGAUUAGCAUUUGCUAUCUGCGAGUCAAAGGAAUAUCUUGUAAAUAUGUAUGAAAAUAAAAAUAAAAAUGUGUGCGUGUGUUUUUCAAUGCCAUUUCACGUAGUUCUACUUCAUUUUUGCGUUGCGUGACCGUCCAAGAAAUUAAUGUAAGAGUCAACUCUUUUCCCAGCGCCAGCUCCAACAGGGCAUAUACCCUCAGGUUAGACAAUGGAGAUCUGCCUGUGUACUGUUCCAUGAGUGGGGAGCUCGGAGAAUGCGGAGAUGGCGGAUGGACGCUGGUCAUGAAGAUUGAUGGUGAAAAGGCAUGUUUGAGAUUCCGUAGCUCUACCAAUUCAAUGGACUUCUGUUCUUCGAGUUUUCUGAAUGAAAACUAACUCGUUUCUUAUUUCGCCCACUCCUGUUUGUUGUAAAGUAAUCAUGAGAUUACAUUGAGCGAUCCUAGAUAUAUUUUAGUUACUCAAAAUGUUUUCCUACUCUCAAAACAUAAAAGAUAUUGGAAUAUGGUCAUCCUUCAAGAGGAAUGUCCUUCGAAAUUUUCUUCACUUCAUGACUCAGCCUUUUUUGAACUUUGAGACGAGAGUGACAUGUAUCUCUAGCACCCUUUUUCAUUGAUUAUGCAAAGUAAUCACAAUUUUAAGACAAUCAGAGGAGAUGAAACUAUCACGAUAGGCAAAUGACAAGUUAAAGUAAACAAAUUAAAACAAAAAAAAAACAAAAAACAAAAGCAAAAAAAAGGAAACUGUUCAAAGAGCAGGAAGGCUCGAGUGAUUAAGUCAAGACUAACUCUAGAGCGCUUUAAGAUUGACGACCAAACCAAAGUAUUUACAAACGCCAAUCAGAGGAAAGGAAAAUACCUUAGAGAGCCAAUUAAUGAGAACUCAAAUUGAAAACAAGCAAACCAUCCAAAGCGCGGGCUGAUUGGUUGAGAGAGUACAAUGCAAUGCAAUCCCGCCUUACUUUCAAUUGAAAAUUGCUUUUUUAUAACAUCCUACCAGUUGAGGGACUGGCGUACGUUUGAUGGAGCACUCAUAAAGCAAAGGGAAGCAGUAACAAUUCAAUUCCGAAUUAUUUUCGUUUCUAACUUGGAAAUUGCUUCAUCUUGCAGAACACGUUCUGGUAUGGUUCAAACAGGUGGUAUGACAGGUCUUCAUUCUCUCCCCAAAAUGGAGACACUGGGUUGGAUCACUUGGAGACCCUGUUACCAACCUACUGGAGCACGUCCUUCACCAAGAUCUGUCUCGGUAUGAAGGUCAAUGGAGUAACCAGGUUCUUGCAAGUGGAUAAGGCAGCAGCCUCACUGUAUGACCUCAUUGCUGAUGGUGAAUACCGUCCUACUUCGCUGGGUCGGGAUGAAUGGAAGACGCUGAUUGGUUCCGAUGCCUCUCUGCAGCUUAAAUGUAACAAAGAAGGGUUCAACUCGCAAGGAACUAUGCACCGUACCUCGAGAGUUCGAAUUGGAAUCAUCGCUAAUCAAGAAAACGAUUGCAACUUCCCUGAUUCCAGAAUCGGAUUUGGUGGAGGAGGGUCAGGAUUCGAAAACGCCUGUGGAAACGGAGCCUCGUGGGGUGCGGACAACGGAGACAAAAAUAUCAAGGCUUUCGGCUACAUCUUCGUUCAGUAA